AGAAACCCGCGGUUGCUGUUCGCGACUUUGACCCUGGGCCUCUCACUCCCGCAAAAACCCAUAACACUCGAUUUUCACUACUCUCUAUCUCUCUCUCCUGAAGCGGUCAUUUCAGGGGUUUGACGGCGGCGAUCUGCUCUAUCCCUGGAUUGACACCUUUUUUCCAGUUCUUAGUAACUAUGGGUAGCAGUCCAGCACCAUUUUCAGAUAUUGGCAAGAGAGCAAAAGAUCUAUUGACCAAAGAUUACAACUUUGACCAGAAGUUUACCCUGUCGGUGGUUGGCUCUACUGGGCUGGGACUUACAGCUAAUGGUUUGAAGAGGGAUGAAAUUUUCAUUGGUGAUGUAAACACUCUGUACAAGAGUGGAAACACUACUGUGGAUGUGAAAGUUGAUACUUAUUCUAAUGUAGCUACAAAAGUGACUCUGAGUGAUGUCUUGCCAUGCACAAAAGUAGCAUUGAGCUUCAGAAUACCUGAUCACAAAUCUGGCAAGCUGGAUGUGAAGUACCUUCAUCCUCAUGCGGCCUUUGAUUCCAGCAUAGGCCUGAACCCAACCCCUCUUUUAGAACUAUCAGGGACAAUUGGAAGUAAGGAUCUUAGUUUGGGUGCUGAAAUUGGAUUUGACACAACAUCCUCUUUGUUGACCAAAUACAAUGCUGGGAUCAGCUAUAACAAGCCAGAUUUCUCUGCAGCGCUUUUGCUGAUGGACAAAGGACAGACAUUGAAGGCAUCUUACAUUCAUGCUGUUGAUUCCUUAAAUGGAACUACAGUUGCUGCCGAACUGACCCACAGAUUUUCCACCUACGAGAACAGUUUUACCCUUGGAAGCUCUCACGUAAUUGAUCCAUUCAAUGUAGUAAAAACACGGUUCUCCAACAAUGGGAAAGCUGGCUUGCUAUGGCAGCGUGAAUGGAGACCAAAGUCACUAAUAACAGUUUCAGCUGAGUACGACUCGAAGGCUCUUACUGCAUCCCCAAAGGUAGGUCUUGCCCUUGCGCUCAAGCCUUGAUAUGGGCAGUCGCUUUGAUCAUUUCUAUGGAAAACCGGAAUACAAUCAAUCUUGUUACAUUUUUCCCCUCUGAAGUUGAGGAGUAUCACUUUCGAGCCACAUUAUAUUGGAAAAGUAAGCAUUUGGUGUACCGAUAAAUGUUUUACAGCAUUGUUUGGGAGUUGGACGCAGUUUUUAAAAAUCGUAUAAUGAUCUUAAUGCCGAAGCUAGUGCGAAAUAACUUGUAUUCUUAUGAACUACUAUUUCGUAUCAGAAGGGUUUUCAAAUAAGUGAAGACAUUUUUUUGUAUAAGAGAAACACUCGGAGAGUGAUCUCGUGGAUUUUUGCUCGUUCGUUGUGUAUGCAAGAAGCAUUCAGAAUUUUAAUGCAAUUUCCUUUUUAGAAAGA